UAUGGGAAUCACAACAUAGAGUGGGAAAACAGCUGCAUAUAUAAAGACAAACCAUACACUUUACAUCUUUUCUCUCCUUUUGAGAGACUCACUCAUAUUGAAGGAUGUUCCUUUCUCUGUUUUUGCUGCAUCACAGAUUCUCUCCCACCCUUUCAAGUCAAAGAAGCAAGAGGGAAAAAAAAAGAAGAAAGAAACAUAAUAAAGGAGGGUUCGAUACGAAAUGGGAAAUGGGAAAUGGGAGAAAAAGAAGGGCCACCACAGCUCAUGGCAUAUAUUCCUCCCAGCAUAUCCCCACUUAUGUUUCCAGAUAUGGAGUGACAACAUACGACAGGCGAACAAACCACUCGCAAGUAUAAAGAGGGCUAGAGACCACGAUAGAAUCGAGACAAGAGUUAUACAAGAAACACAAGUCCUCUCCCCUAUGAUCCAACCCUUUAACAUUCUAUUCUUAUCACACAAGCAGGAAUGGCUCUUCAGGAUGUUCACAAUGCGGAAAUGAGAUUAGUCUUGUCUAGUGAUGCCAAGCCUAGAUUGAAAUGGACUCCGGAACUGCAUCAGUGUUUUGUGGAUGCAGUUAACCAGCUUGGAGGUCCAGAGAAAGCUACACCAAAAUCCCUGAUGAGGGUUAUGGGCAUUCAUGGACUCACUUUGUACCACCUCAAAAGCCAUCUACAGAAAUAUAGAUUGGGAAGAACUCAACACUCCCAAACCUACCAACAAAGUAAACCAGAAGAUGACGGAGAGGAUCAGCAAGGCCAUUUUAUCGAUAAGAUUAGUGAUUCAGAAGGGGAACAAAGUAAUGAAAAUUUGAAGGUAGCUCAUGCGUUGACGUUGCAAAUGGAAGCGCAGAGGAAACUCCAUGAACAGAUUGAGGUGCUAAGACAUCUGCAGAUAAGAAUCGAGGCACAAGGAAAAUACUUUGAAUCAGUGUUGAAGAAAGCACAGGAGACACUUUCUGGAUACAGUUCUUGCACCAUUGAAGUUGAACAGGCGAAAGCUCAACUUACACAGUUGAUGUCAAUGGUCAUUACCUCCCGGCGUCCAAGUCCCUCAUUUUCGGUGCUAACAGAUAGUGAGGGAUCAGCAUUGAAAGAUGCUGGUAAUAAAGUGUUGGGUCACAACGGAUGCUCAAUGGAAAGUUCCCUAACAUCAUCCGAGAGUUCUGGGAGGAAGGAAGAAUUCGAACCAAGCCAUCAGGUUCACGAGAAUAGCAAGCCCACCACUGAAAAACCCAAUAAAGGAAAGCGAAAAUCCACCACUCUACCGCUUAUGGAAAUGCAUCCAUCUGGAAACAGAAAAAGGAGCAAAAAGAUCAAUGAGGAAGCUAACUGUGCAGAGCAGUUCACUGGAGAAAAUUCAAGUGAUAAACCGUCGGCACAAAGAUUCAGAGCAAUAAGGGACAUCGACUUGAAUUGCCAGUACCUGAAUGAGUUUGAUUCAGGUCUAAAAGCAGUAGACCUGAACUUCAAUGGAGUUGAACUCUAUAAUGAACCAUUUAGCGUCAAGAAUUAGCAGUAGAAUCCUGUGAGUUGUAUAUAGUUUAAAAACUGCAAGCUGAAAGAAUCCUCACUAUGUGUAUAACUGUGUAUUGUAUGGACCAAUAUAAAUCCCUGAACACAUCCAUAUUAUAACAUACAGCUUAUUCUGUGCA